UGAGGAUGUGUUUUGUCUUUUCUCAGCUGGCUCCAGCUCUGUGGGUAUUCCCGGCCCCCCAGGCAGCCCUGGACCCGCCGGUCCCGCUGGCCCCCCCGGACUGUCAGGACCCAUUGGCCCUGCUGGACUUCCUGGUCAGAUUGGUCCUAGGGGGGAUAAGGGCGACAAGGGCGAUAGGGGAGACAGGGGUGACCAGGGAGAGCCUGGCAUUUCCGUGACAUCCGAACGGAUCAGCUCCACCAGAGCCGAGAGACAAUUUGAGGCUCCCAGAGAUGGUGAACCCGGAAAACCCGGACAACCAGGGCAACCGGGACAGCCAGGAGGACCAGGGCCCCCUGGACCCCCCGGCCCCCCCGGGCCUGCCGGACUGCCAGGCUCGCACAGCUAUGCAGGAGAGCCCAGAACAGGUGCACGUGGUCCCACGGGUCCUGCAGGACCCCCAGGUCCUCCAGGGGAGCCAGGUGUGGGUUUGCCGGGCCCCAGGGGAGAAAGAGGGGAACCUGGAAGAUACGUGGGCACCUCCGAAACGCAUUUCUCUGGAUACCCUGGACCGGCUGGGCCUCCCGGACCUCCUGGCACUCCUGGAGCUCCCGGCACACCUGGACAGAAAGGAUCGCAGGGUAGCCAAGGAGCAAGGGGAUAUCAAGGGGAACCAGGCACCCCGGGUGCUCCAGGGAGUCCCGGGAGUCCAGGCAGCAGCUAUGCAGACACAGCACGAGUCGUUCCGGGGCCUCCAGGCUCUCCGGGACCCCCCGGCCCGAUGGGACCAGGGGGACCGAUGGGCCCCGCUGGGCCGCAAGGAUCUAAAGGUGAUGCCGGGGUACCAGGUGCUCCUGGAAUACCAGGGUCUUCAAGAGGCGCGGUUUCAGGCACCAGAAGCGUACAGGGACCCCCUGGCCCACCCGGGCCCCCUGGACCCCCAGGGAGGGAAGGGCGAGGUGGCGCAGAUUUCCGUCAGUACCUGGCAGAGUACUUCCAGAGUGACACAGUCAGGCAGUCCCUGAUUGGCCCCCAGGGGCCCCCCGGCCCGCCCGGAGCCCCGGGGACAGGCGGUUACUCUCUGGAUGAUUUGGCUUCCCGCGUCAUUGCUUAUAUCCAGAGGUCCGGUUACGUCGGUGGAGCUCCUGGUCCCCCAGGCCCUCCUGGUGCCUCUGGCUCUGUGUCUGUCAAUGACAUCAUUCUACUUCUGCAGA